AUGCAGUCGUUUCCCGGGAAAAUGGCUGGCAAUGCGUCUCGCAUCGAAAGCGAAUUAUGGAGUUUGCGGAACGCGAACGAAUUGACGGAUAUGGACAUUGCAGUCGCGAAGGGCACUUUUUUCUCGGUACAUUCUUUGAUAAUGUGCGCGAGAAGCAAGUUUUUUCGGGCAUUGGCGUCGAAGUGCACCAAUCGUCGGAUAGUUUUCGUCCUGGACUGCAGUGAAGAAUCUGUAUAUGGGUUGAUCAAGUUCAUGUACACUGGCGAAGUGGAAGUGGAGCCCACAUUCUUGGACGAGUUUUUGACUCUCGCCCGGAAGUUGGAGGUUUCCGGCCUUGUCUCUGAAUCAGAGAUGACUCCUGUUGUUGACAUCAAGCCGUCGGUUAAGUCUUACGAAGUCUCUUCACAUGGAAUGCAGACCAGGAAACGAUCCGCGAUUUUCGCGACAGAAACGUCUGUCAGUUCUGCGAAGUACUCGAGGAAGUAUCCGUUGACGACAGCGGGUAUUAGCGCUGAUCUACGGAGCCCUUCGAAUUCAUUCGUCUCGGAGCAGGUGAACAGCAUCGUUGAACAAAAGUUCAAUCCGAUAAAUGCACCCCUGAGCCAGGAUUCGUAUCCUGGGAAGUGGCUCCGCGAUUCCUCAAACGGUCUUGAAAUCAGCAACUUGCAAACGGGGACUGUUAGAUCUCCGAAUUUGAUGGGCCCAUCUGGUCGGAAAAAGCGGACUAGGCACAUAGGAAAAAUUCCUAAAUCCGUAAUCAUUGAGUUUGUUCAGUAUCUUGUUGACAACUACGACGAAUGCAAGGCCAUUUUGGAUGCUCACCCGCGUUACCUCUCGGGAUUUCAAGAGAUCAUCAAGCAAAUGAGGUAUGCAUCUCCAGAGCUGAGGAAAACACUCCCACUCGUUCGGGCUCAUAACUUCAUGGGUCGUUUGGGGACUCAGUACAGGAAGAUCGUGCGAGGCUUGCAGAGUGGCGAAUCGCCUGAAAAUGAUGCUGCUCAGCCUUUGCUCGAUGGCAGCCGAGAACUAUUUGAUGUUUGGGCAGAAUAUGACCGUAUGUACAACUGCAACCCGGACGCGAUGGAGGUUGAAGACUCGUCCGCUUGGCAUUACGAUUCUGUAGAUCCUAGUCUAGAGCCAGUAGAAGAUUUCCAAGCAUAUCCGGACGAAAAUGUGACAUUUGAAGACCAAGAAGAUGGAGAUGCGGAAUACUAUCCAGAAGAGCAUGACCCUGUGGAGGAAGUUUCCGGUAAUGAACCAACUGACGUUAAAGCGGUUAACAUGUUCUUGAAUGCCAUCAAUCAAGAGCAACGAAGUGUGUAUCCCAGCGAAAGCCUCACUUCACAACUGAGAAAGAAACGGACGAGAAAGAUCGGCAAAGUCCCGAAACCGGUGAUCGAGGAAUUUGUUCAGUAUCUCGUUGACAAUCACAGAGAAUGUCAUGAAAUUUUACGAAGAUCAUUGAGGUCAAAGGACGGCUAUGAAGAAAUUGUGCGUGAGAUGAAAUCCGCGUCGUCAGAAUUGCGUUGUACUCUUGGAAUGGUUUCGGUACUGAGCGUACUGAAACGUGUCAGAGGCGAAUAUCGCCGCAUCCUCGCCGACCCAAGUUUUGGGAAAUCAGAUGUUGGUCCUCCAACGCUUGAAGGGAGCGCUCGUUUAUUCAGGCUUUGGGGCGACUACGAGGAGUUGUACAAGUCUUUCUGGUCUGACCGAUCCGAUGACUCAAGUGCUCUUUCAUUCUGCGAACCGUCUUUUGUUGGCGAAGCGGGAGAUUCGAAUGACGAUUAUGCAGAAAACGACGCCGAGAACAGUAUUCUAGGUGACGAGGAUCCCUAAACAACACUUCUAUGUAUUUUCCCUCAAAAUUUGAAGUUGAAGGUAUUUUCGGAGUCUGUGCGCUCUGAUUCUAAUUAUUUUCCUUGUGAUAAAUCCUGUCGUUGAAAGCGUAUCCCGGUUUGGGUACCUCAUGAUGAAUAGACGCAUUAACAUGGAAUAUAUGUUCAGAAAUUUCUAAUUUUAAAAGCCAUUCGGCAAGUCCUCAUUCCUUCUAGUGUCUUCGGUUUCGAUCAUCGCGAGAAAUUUAUGGACGUGUUUUUGUAUUGUGAGUGCAUUUAGAGGUUGGAGGCUAGCAUUGUGAUGGAAUUCUGUUGAGAAAAUUAUUUGCUGACGCGUUCGUAUUUUGCCCGUGGUGCACAUUAAACUAAUUCGAACGUGUCGGUGAUUGUGAAUGAAUUUAUGCAGCUGCAAGCGUUCUUUUUUCGCGAUGAAUCGGAACUACGUACAGCGUUUAUGUACAGCAUUAAUCCGGUGGUGCUGCUUUGAAUGACCCGUAGUUGUGUAAGCUUUCUGCGGCGCAAUCGAAUGACGAAGGUUGUGUAUUGGAAUGUUUCUAGGAAAUUUCAGCGUCGAUGCCUGGAGGGGUUUUCUCCGCGUUCUUUGUGUUUGUGGGCGACGUAACAUUUCGUCUUGGAUAAGAGUAAAACUUCAUUUUUUAUUCCA